CCGGCCGGGCAGCGCUGUGGCAGGGCUUGCUGGGAUCAUGGCGGAGAACCACUGCGAGCUGCUGUCUCCGGCCCUCGGCAGCCUCGGGGCGGGGCCGGGGGGCGGCCUGUGCCGCCGCUGCAGCGCGGGGCUCGGCGCCCUGGCCCAGCGCCCGGGUGGCGUGUCCAAGUGGGUCCGGCUGAACGUCGGCGGCACCUACUUCCUUACCACCCGGCAGACGCUGUGCCGGGACCCGAAGUCUUUCCUGUACCGUCUGUGCCAGGCCGACCCCGACCUCGACUCGGACAAGGACGAAACAGGUGCCUACCUAAUCGACAGAGACCCCACUUACUUUGGGCCUGUGCUGAACUACCUGAGACAUGGAAAGCUGGUUAUCAACAAAGACCUUGCAGAAGAAGGAGUGUUGGAGGAAGCAGAAUUUUACAAUAUCACCUCACUAAUAAAACUUGUAAAGGACAAAAUUAGAGAACGAGACAGCAAAACAUCACAGAUGCCAGUGAAGCACGUGUACCGCGUGCUGCAGUGCCAGGAAGAGGAGCUCACGCAGAUGGUGUCCACAAUGUCUGAUGGCUGGAAGUUUGAGCAGUUGGUCAGCAUUGGCUCCUCCUACAACUACGGAAAUGAAGACCAGGCCGAGUUCCUGUGUGUGGUUUCCAAGGAACUGCACAACACCCCAUACGGCACCACCAGUGAGCCCAGCGAGAAAGCCAAGAUUUUGCAAGAACGGGGCUCCAGGAUGUGAGACAGUACUGACAGCUGAAGAGAUGACUUACUUUUCCCACAGACAGUGAGCCGCCACGCCUGAGGGGUGUGGCUGUGAGAAGAAACCUGCUUUUGAUCAUUUCUCUAGAGAUCUGGGUGCGGAUCCUUUUUUGCCUGGCAGGUGGGUGGUGAGAGACAGCCCAGCUGUCUGAGCCCCGGCAUCCCUGCGGGGAGGAGGCCAGGGCCUGGUGUGGGCAGUCUCUGGGGCUCACUCUGUUCUUUCUGAGUGCCACGUGGGACUGAGGCUGAAAGCUCCUGGACCACGAGUGCAGUCCUGAAAUUGACUGAAGGACAAGGUUUUUGGUGCUACAAACACAGCCUGCGACACACAGCCUGGGCCUCAGCAGGAGGAAGGGCAGCAGCCGUGCCCGCUAUAGGCACACUGGCUCAGGGCUGAGUGCCACUGGCCAACCUUGAGCACCAGGCCCUUGUUCUCGGGUCAGCGGGCCUCCCAGCCCUCCUGGCGUGAUCUCGACUUCCCCAGCACCUGCCCCAGGCCAGGCCUCCUUCAGAGCCAGGCUCUGCCCCUGGCCUCGGUGGCGGUGUAGUCAAGGCUUCUCGAUUUGUAUUUUCCAGGCGGGAGAACUUUGUAUCCUCUUUUUUAAGUGUGGACAGGCCACCCUCUGUUUAUAUUAUUUAGAAAUGCCUGAAAGUGUUGCUGUGUUUCAGAUUGCUCUGCUAAAUCAUUUCAUGGGAGGUAGCGGUGGCACCUCAUCUGUCCUGCCUGGGGGCUGGAGGGGGGCUGGUGCCCACCAGCGCCUUCAUGGCGCCUGGGGUGGAUGCUGGAGUGGGCGACCUGUCCACCUAGCUUAGGGGCCAGCUCUCUGGGUCACGUUGAAACUUGAGGAUGUUUACAGUGCAUCGUGUCUCUUCCACUGGCCCUCACCUACAACUAUGCAGUUCUCUCUAUACUUCUGGGCAUUUGGGACUCAGUGGCACCUGCCUGGGCUGCUCACCUGACACGACGUGGAGUGGCUGGACUCCACAGACAGCGCCUGUGGGCACCGGGAGCUCUGCACCUGACCUCUGGUCCCAGGGGGCUGCCCGCAUGCAGACCAGAGGCUCUGGCCCCAUCCAUGUCAAUGCCUCCAGAAGUUUCUCGCCUAGGCCCUCUUCCUUCUUCUCCUUUGCCAGUAACCUGAUUAACCAUGUUCUCCAGCACCUAGGACUUACCUCCUCCUUUCGAAAGGUGUCUUGUAUAUUGUUAAACGUUUGGCUUAAACAGUUUAUAAGAACCUUCUACGGGGCGGAGGCAGCCACCAGCUAGCUCGUCCCAGCAGGAGCCCAGGGGAGGCGCCUCUGCUAUGGGCUGUGGGGUGUGCUCUUUGGGGAGCUGCUGUGUACUUAGCAUUGUUUGACUUAUGACCUUGACGUAAUAGGCUUGUGGGAUUUUUUUUUAAUUUAAAGAUAUUAAGACUUAAUUCACUAAAAUUUAUUCGAAGGGGAUAUUUAUACUUUUAUACUUUUUUAGGUAUCCGUAUUUUAUCAGCUUACUGUUCAAUGCCUAAGUUUCCCCUGAAAAUAGCAAAUAAAAUUGUGUAUUUAUGAAUGAA